AUGAACAUGAACGUGAUUUACGAAGAGAAAGAAGAAGUCUCUGAAUGCGUCGACAUUCCGAUGAAACAACAGAAGAGUGAAAGACGCGGCUCCUCGAUCCGCUACUGCAGCAGUUUUCCGAGUUCUGGCUACCAGACCGACGAGAUGUCUAGCUCGGAGAACUCGCAGGAGAGCUUCGACAAAGAAGUCAACAACAACGACUCUUCGAAGGCGAAAGAUAUCAAGCAGCUUCGACGAGUUCAGUCAACUCCCAACCACUUCAGCCAGGAGUCGAGGGAAGAAGAUGACCUUUUCGACGAUCUAAGCGACUUCCGGCACAUGAAAAUGUCCGAGAUCGACAUCCUGGAACAGCCGGUGUUCGAAGAAGAAGCCUUCGAUUCUUCAUCCUCUUCGCCGUCUACGUCUCCCAAGCCCCUGAUGAUCCCUCACCAGAGGCACCCGAGACAGAGAUACAACUCAUCAUCUAUCAGACGAACUCCUGUUGUUCCAGGAUAUGUUUCGGAGCUCAUCGAACGACGGGAGAGCCUUAGAGUUCUCCCUGAAGGUCGAUCGAAAGACAACACUUGUAUUCGAAAAGCUCUUCAGUACAUUACAGACCCCUUGAAUGUACUUGUGAUCGGUCCACACGACUCCGGAAAAACGACCCUCAUCAACUCGUUGUUGAUGUCUGUAACUGGCGAGUGGGUGGAUCGAGCUCCUUACGGCACUGGGCGCGCUCACAACUUGAAUCCCGUUGUACUCUACGAGAAUCCAGAACAUCACCGACGUCAUCGAACCGUCUCGGACGCCAAUAACGGCGGCUAUCGGCCACGCCAUCGACACUUUGACCCCACGUGGAAACGAUCUGCUGAGGAUCACUGCGGUCGAGUAGUCAUGUGGGAUACUCGUGGAUUCGACACGAUCCACGACGAAGCUCACCAAGCUCUGUUGCUUCGCUACAUUCUCGAGGGACGCCUUCACCCGAGCAACCUCAGCCAGGCGCUGCUUUUGCCCGACGAGAUUUGCAAGAAGCGAUAUCGAACGCCGAUGAAAGACAGUCAGAUUGACAUGAUCUUGUACGUUGCGGCGGCGGACGAGCGCCCAAAUGUAAAUCUCUUCAAGGCGAUCAUCCGCGCCAAGGAAGAAUCCAAGGAUGAAAAAGCAAUGAAGUGCCCGAUCAUGCUUGUCAUGACCAAAUUCGACCUCCUCGAUGAAGCUGAAAGUGCUGCCGUAAACGACAACAUUUUCUUCUAUCACCCAAGCUCUUAUGGGUUCCAUGGAGAUGUCUUUUCCCCCGAUUUCGACCUACAAGACGAAGAAGUUUUGUGGAAAAAGGUUCACUGCUACGAAUCGAAUUUGAAUCCAGUGAUUGACCGACUGGAAACAAAUCAACCCGACGAAAAGAAAGACGAAAAGCUCCUAAAGCUUUUCAAAGAUAUCAUUGACUACUCUUUGACGCCAACUGGCAAACGCCGAUGCUCUUCAAGUUCAAGCAAAAUCUUCCACCUCGCGCGAAAUACCGGACAGAAGCUGCUAAGCCGACGGCUCAGAACCAUCAGCAUCUGA